AUGAAUUUUGAAAACAGAUGGGUCUUGAGAUCCGCUCUGAACUUCGCAAGCGAUGGAGAAAUAGUUAGAGAAGUAGGCAGAGAGUUCCAGAGAAAAGGACCAGAAAAAGCAAAAGCAGAUUUGGCAAAAGAGUGUUUAACACGAGUUAAGAAAAAGCGAGAAGAAGAAGACGAUCGUAAACCGGGGCGUUUAGAGAAUUCUUUAAGUAAAUUAGAAGGAAGUAGAUCUAGAGAACAGGUUGUAGACGACAUAGAAUUAAUAAUUUUAGUUAGUUCUAAAAGAUUUAUUGGAGUAAAUACAGAGAAAGAUUCAGUAGUUUUUCAGGUUCAUUUAUCCAGGUUGAAGCUUCCAGAGGAGUUCAUCGUGGACGAUCAGAAUGGUUGUGAUGUCACGCUACGUUCGUUCAUUCGGUGGCAAAGAAUGCACGCCCUGCUGGGGUUGAAGCUUCCAAAGGAAUUCAUCGUUGAAGAUGUCAGGCUACCUUCCGGACGCAAAUGGUUUACUAUCCGCACGGCAAUAGUCUACUAUCCGCACGUCAAUGGUUUUCUAUCCGGUGCCCUGGCUGUCAGUGAACCUCUGUGCAAGGAGGAAGAAUGA